AUGGCACAUCUUCCAAAGAAGAGAGAUCUCUCUGAAUUCAGUGACGGAAUGCACUCGGAUCGUACGCUGGUCGGACAACCCAGAUGUGUAGAACCGUCCUCCGACGCUACUCGCGAAGGUCCAGAAUCAGGCAACACAGUCGGCCCGACAGAGAGGCAAACCCCGUCUACAAUCCUUGCUUCCUCAGACGAACGCGUCCACCAUAACGAUUACUCUUCGCACGCAGAUGAUGAGUUCACCGUCGCCGCGGUCUUAAGGGCAACGAGAAAGUUUUUGGCGAGCGCCCUCGGUAACUUGACCCAAGUUCCCUUCUUCCUGCGCCGUGGCAACAAGGGCUUCAGCGAUGAUGUCAGAGCGACGACUUCGGGCUCUACGGAGGUCAACGCGGAACGGGACAUCUCUAUCCGAGAGUUGGAUCGGGAAGUCAACGUAGAACGUCCUGCCAAGCGUCGAAAAGUUGUCGGCGCCGACGGGCCUGGUCCGUCGUUACGGGAUACUGACGUCGAGGUUCCCAUCGCCCUCACCUGGCACCCUCGUUAUCGCCAUUUUCUUGCCGCGAUCCGGGCGCACUUUCUCUACCUACUCGGAGUGAAAAGCCUUCAGGCUUUAGAUCCGUCGUCCUCACACUGCCAACCUUUGACUAUUUUGGAACAACAACAAUAUCUCGGCAACCUACCCGGCCGCGUAACCACCACCGAGGAGCACUUCCGCUUUGACUUCCAACUGAGUCGAUCCCACCCUUUCAACUUGGAAGCACUGCGCGUCUUUUCAAUCUCGUUUCUCAAGCAUGUCAGCGAUGGGGCCUAUAGUCGUCCGGCACCAUUGCCGUGCAUAUUCCUCAUCCUACGCAAUGUAGAGGCGGCAAUAUACAAUCACGCGAAGAUGGCCAAAGCCGUUUGGUAUCGCAGAUUCGUCGUUCAAGAGUCUGAAGAAGCAAUGGCUAGUCGCCUGGCGACAAAUUCCCGCAAAUCCAGAAAGCAGCGCCUUUAUAGGAAACGACUGGCCGCGAUCACACAAUAUGCCCCACAUCAUCAUGCGCUCGUGUCGACGGCGGGUGCUAGAGGUGUCAGUUCAGACGAAUCAUCGGAUGAUAUGGACGAAGCGGACCGCCAUCAGGACACAGUCGUCCGCGUUGCUCCCAGCUGGCGGAGUCUCGAAUUCCAAGGAUGGUAUCACUCACUGGAUCCACUUGUGGCGAAUAUUGAGAAGUCGCGCGUUGGACGCCGCACGCGGCGUGGCGCUACCUCUCGUCGUCGCAAGCACUCGUCGAAAGUCAAUCGGAGUUCUGUCGCGCCCAUUGGCCUCCCGCGCAAUUGCUAUCAUACAGGUUGGCUGGCAGAUCUGUCCCCGUAUGACUUGAACAAGCUACAAGUCCUUGAGGAGACAUACGAUCUAACACCUAUACAAUAG